AGGCCGGGCCUUAGGUCAGGGCGGGGCGGGCCCAGGUGGAGCUGCCUGCGGCGGCGCGGAAGCCUCGCUUCAGGUCGCCUUCCUGGCGAAGCCAGGUCCAGGUAGGGCGGAUGGGCGGCGGGGGCAGAGCGGCCACGAUGAGGUGCUGCCGCGUCUGCGCCUUCGGUAAGUUGUACGCUUUCCUCCGCCCUGGGUCCCGCAGCCGAGGCAGGGCCCGAGGCCCCGCCCUGCACGGCUGCUACCUGCCCCUCCCCCUAUUUGCAGAUGCCACCCGAGGGCCCAGGCGGCUGAUGCGCGUGGGACUCGCGCUGAUCCUGGUGGGCCACGUGAACCUCCUGGUGGGAGCUGUGCUGCAUGGUACUGUCCUGCGGCACGUGGCCAACCCCCGUGGCGCGGUCACUCCUGAGUACACUACAGCCAAUGUCAUUUCUGUGGGUUCGGGACUACUGAGCGUUUCCGUGGGACUUGUGGCUCUCUUGGCAUCCAGGAACCUUCUUCUGCCACGACUGCACUGGGCCCUGCUGACACUGGCCUUGGUGAACCUGCUCUUGUCGGCUGCCUGCUCCAUGGGCCUCCUCCUGGCUGUCUCCCUCACUAUUGCCAAUGGUGGCCGCCGUCUUAUUGCCGAUUGCCAUCCAGGCCUGAUGGAUCCUUCCAUACCGCUGGACCAGGGGCCUGGACACACUGACUGCCCCUUUGAUCCCACAAGAAUUUAUGGUACAGCCUUGGCUCUCUGGAUCCCCUCUCUGUUCAUGUCUGCAGCUGAGGCUGCUCUUUCUGGUUACUGUUGUGUGGCUGCACUCACGCUACAGGGAAUUGGGCCCUGCAGGAAGGAAGGGUUGCAGGGACAGCUGCAGGAGCUAACAGGCCUUGAACUUCCUGAGUGCAAAAGGCAGGAAAAUGUGCAGCUGCUCCAUUACCAUCAGGAUGUCCAGGCCUUACAGAAAACCUGGGUUUAGGACAGGUGAUGGCCCUGGGGUGGAUGCAUUCCUGGGGACUGGGCUAGCCUUUUGCUGCAUUGCUUGCUCUGUGACUCAGGUUGGCUCUUUUCUUUGUCAGGCAGGUGUUCUUCCAAGGCACAGUCCACAGGUGUUUUCUACUACGUGGGAGCCCUGACCCUAGGAUGGUAUAGAUAACUGUAAUAAAAGAACUUGUAUUUUGUC